AUGUCUGCUCCACCGUUGAAAGGAAUUAAGGUCGUUGAGCUAGCCGGUCUAGCCCCAGGCCCCUUCGCUGGUCUUCUUUUAGCCGACUACGGCGCAUCCGUUCUUCGAAUCGAUCGCCCCAAUGCUUUCAGUGGUGACCAGCUGACUCGGCGCAAAACUUCAAUUACACUCGACCUGCGCGAAGCAAAGUCCCGGGAUGUUCUCCUCCGCCUGCUCACCGCAACCGAUGUCUUGAUCGACCCAUUCCGCCCGGGAGUCCUCGAGCGCCUCGGUCUUUCCCCAACCGAAGUCCUCCUCAAGCACAACCCUCGGCUCAUCGUCGCGCGCAUGACAGGAUUUCGACGCGAUGGCAAGUACAAGGACAUGGCAGGCCAUGACAUCAACUAUAUCGCCGUAUCAGGCGUCCUAUCCAUGUUAGGGCGAGCGGGAGACAAGCCUUAUGCACCGGGCAACAUUCUUGGCGAUUUCGCCGGUGGUGGUGCUAUGUGUUUCUUAGGAAUCUUGCUAGCAAUCAUCUCGCGCUCUACCACCGGCCGUGGACAAGUUGUCGAAGCCAACAUGGUUGACGGCUCAGCCUACCUAGCCACUUUCCCCCGACUGGCCCAAAAUUCCCCCGCGUGGGAUGGGCCCCGAGGAGAGAACUUGUUAGAUAGUGGAUGUCCAUACUAUGAUACCUACGAAACCAAGGACUCCGGGAAAUACUUCGCCGUCGGUGCCUUGGAGCCGCAGUUCUACGCAGCAUUGCUACGCGGAUUAGAACUCGAUCCGAAAUCGAUACCAAAGCGGGAAGAUAGGGAAAACUGGCCCGUCCUUCGCGACAUCUUUACCCGCCGUUUCAAGGAGAAGACUCGUGCCGAAUGGGAGGCUGUCUUUGACGGUACCGAUGCCUGCGCUACGCCCGUCCUUGAGCAUGGCGAGCUUCAGGCUUCGGGCUAUGAGCAGCGUCCGGCCGUUCACUUGUCCCGCACGCCCUCUCUCCCCAUCAAAGCAGAUGAAGGUGCUUGGACCGGUGGUGGACUCGUGCCUGGUGACGGGGGUGAAGAGACCUUGCAAGCGUGGAUGGGCUGGGAGCCUAACCAGGACUUCCUUGCCCGAGAGGACGGGGCCCUCGUCUCCAUAGACGGCAGAGCGAAGCUGUGA